AUGGGGCGCCAUUCUUCAUGUGUGAAACAUAAUAAGCUUAAAAAAGGUAUAUGGUCACCAGAAGAAGAUGAGAAAUUGUACAAUUACAUAACAAGAUUCGGCAUCGGCUGCUGGAGUUCUGUGCCUAAAUUAACAGGAUUGCAAAGGUGUGGAAAAAGUUGCAGGUUAAGAUGGAUAAACUACUUGAGGCCUGAUCUUAAAAGAGGAAUGUUUUCACAGGAAGAGGAGGAUCUCAUCCUUACACUACACGAAGUUCUUGGCAACAGGUGGGCUCAAAUUGCAGCACAAUUACCCGGAAGAACAGACAACGAUGUCAAAAACUUUUGGAAUUCUUAUCUGAAAAAGAAGUUGAUAAAGCAAGGACUUGAUCCCAACACUCACAAGCCAAUGAACAAAACUGAAGAGAAUUGCACAGAAAAAUGUCCAGUACAGAUACUAGAGCCAGAUGGGAUUCCGUAUUCAUCAAUAUCAGAUGCAAUGAGACAAAUAUUUGAAGAACAAACUGAAAUUUCAAGGGAGAAUUUCGUAAACAAACAAGUCUAUGAAUAUGAUCCCCUAUUCUUAUCAGAGUUUCAAGCAAAAGUUGAUCCUACUGGAUACCAUUCAAAUUUUCUGAUCACACCUUAUGAUCAGAAUCAGAUGGAGGGAAAUCCAAAUCCAAAUCAGAAUCAGGGUUCAGGUUGUGAUUCAUUGCCUAGCUUACUGAAUUUUGAUCAUGGAUAUAUUAUGGAAUCAGGUUUUUCCAACAGUACUUCAACUUCAAGAAUAAAUUCAUUUCUGAUGAAUAAAGCAAUCGAAAGUUCAAGUAGCAGUUCACAUAUGAACAGCCAUGCUGGAUUUGAUCAAAUGAACAAUCUGAUUGAAAAUGCAGCUGCAUAUUCAUGGGAUGCGGAGAGUAAAUUGGAUUCAAUAAUUCAGUUUCAGUUUAGUGGGAUUAAAUCAGAAGAAAUAAAGCCAAGUAUAUGA